AUGGAUAAAUUUGGGAAAAAGGAAUAUAUCUGUACUCCUAAUAAACAAAUUGAAAGUAUUAAUUUUAUUAAAAAAAAGGAAUAUAGUAAUUUAAUUACAACCUUUAAAAAAGGAAUUGAGAAAUUUAAUAAAGAUAUAUUGAUAAAAAAAGAAAAAAAGGAAAUAUUAAAUAUGAUACCACUUAUUUGCGAACAAUCAUGCGAAUUAAAAAAAAUAAAAAAUAAUAUUUAUCAUAAUGAAAUUUCUGACCAUAAUGACUUAUUCAAGACUCCUCACAAAAAAGAAAGUGGCUUCGUAGAAAAUUUAAAUUGUAUAAAAAAUUUUAGCUGUAAAAAAAGAAUUCGCACUCCAUGUAAUUUUGAAAAAACAAAUAUUAUACAUUAUGAAGAAAAUGCAAAAAAUAUAUCAGUUUAUAGUACCCCAAAGAGGUAUAAAAAACGGGUUAAUGAAAAAAAGGAUGAUAUUAUUUUGACUUCAAAAAACAAAAAAAAAAAAUCUUUAUAUGAGGAAUUGGAAUAUCUGCAUACUCCUUUAAGAGAAAAAAAUAAAUAUAAUUUUGAAAAAAUUAAUAAAAAUAUUGGAGAAAAGUGGAUAAUGAAUGAAUCAAAUAUGCAUGAUUUACCGGAAAAUAUAAAAAAUGAGUAUGUAUCUUAUUUAUGUAGUCCGUUAAAAAGAAGUGAAAGAUUAAUAAAGACAAAAAUAAACAAAAUGCUUAAUGAAAAUGUAGAAAUUUUAAAACAAGAAAAACUUGAAAAUAAUAAUGAUGUAAGUAAUAAUAAUAUUACAGAUAAAAAUAAUUGUGAUAUAAAUGAAAUUCACUGUGAUUUUAAACCUGAAGAAGAAGAAAAAUGUUGGGAUGAAUUUUACACACAAAGUGUAGACAAAAUAAAGCCAUUUACUGGAAUAACUACUGAAUUGGCUGUUAGUGUAAUAACAGAAUUAUUAAAAUCAAAAAUUAAAAAAAUUAAAAUUGACAAUAAAGAGUUUCUUUCUCCAAUAAGUGAAAAUGAUACAAUAAUGGAGAUUGGCCAUGGAAAUCAUCCUUUAGCAGUUCAAAUGUUUGAAAAGUGGGGGACAGUUGGAAGAUACAUUGGUGUAGAAUUUAGCGGUGAAGCAAGUAGAGAAGCUUUGAAAUGCAAAAAAUUGAAAAAUUUAUUAUUAAAAAGAAAAGUAGAAUUUAUAAAAGUGUUAAGCAUGAAUUAUUAUAAGGAAGAUUUUUUAAAUGGUAUUGUUAUUGAAUCUAACAUAUCUCCAGCAAAUACACAAACAAAUUUUAUUAAAUUAUACACUUUUAAAUAUAUUUUUGCUAAAAGUACACUAGAUUAUAUCACAUGUAGAAUGGAUAAUAUUGGUAAUAGUUGCAAUUGGGAAGAAGAUCUUCAAAUUUCACCAAGCGUAGUUGAAAUGUUUAAUAGUCUAUCAGACUCUUUACACAAUUGCAAAAAUAGUAAAAAUAAUUCAUAUAUAAUUUUUAUUGAACCAAACAACUCUUCUAAAUUUAGAGAUCACAUUUUAACCAUAUUUAAAGUUAUUUAUACUGCUACUUUCAAAUAUAAUAGUUCAGCAAAAUAUUUAAGACUAUUUAAAAUUAUAAAUUAUAAUAAAGCUUGUGGUUACAUGAUAGAAAAAAGAAAUGAAAUAUAUCAAAAUUUUGAGGAAUUAAGACAAGAAUUUUUAAAAUUAAUUUUAAAAUCGUCAUUUACUAAAAAUAUAGAUGAAGUUGAUUGGUUUUUGCCUACACGCGAGCCAAAAAAAUGGGUUAGCAACUUACCAGAUGAUAUUGAAUAUUUAGUAAAAUUAGACAAAAAUUGUCUCUAA